AUGAAGCACCUCCUCUUUACUCUCCUCGCCUUGGCCUCCACCUCGGCCUUGGCUCAAGAUCCCGGUCCAUCGCCUACAGCCUCUGUUGGCUGCAAGCCACAUGGCGACCACUGGCACUGUGAUGGUCCAGCAACUGGAGCCGCUACUACUACCAGCGAGCUAUCCCUCGCUCCAAGCCCCACUGAGUCUGUGGGAUGCGAGCCACACGGGGACCACUGGCACUGCGACGGGCCCGCCUCCACCGCGGCCAUGACAACGGCGCCUUCUGACCACCACGAUCACAAUCACGAUCACGACCAUGAAGACAAGGACGGCGCCGCGACUCCGACGGCCCCCAGUCCCACAGAGUCGGUUGGAUGCAAACCGCACGGCGACCAUUGGCACUGCGAUGGGCCGCGAGAGACAGGUAGUGCUUCUGCCAGCACGAGGGAGGCGUCCGCUUCCACUUUGGUCUCGACUACUUCAUCUGCCACAGCAUCUGCCACAGGGGCGCAGCAGUCUGGUGGGGCUGGUUCCUUGAGCGUGGAAUUGACUGUGGCGGUUGGGUUGGCUGUCGCCGCUGCGGCAUUUCAUGUUUGA